AAGUGCACCAUAUGUUGGCAUAUUUUAUUUUAUUUGACGAAACUUAAAGUUCGGUAAACACAAAUGUAAACAGAAGGCCCAGUGAAUCCGCUCCUGAGCAAGCAAAAAGCUGCUGGCGAAGCAAAAGGCGAAAACAAACGACAACAGAUGAUCCCCAGAGAGCCCUUACAAAACAGAAAAGAGAGGGAGAGCGGUUUAUCCAAUUUUUUGGGGCUCUACUCAUAUAUUCAGCAUGUGAGCAGACGAAUCUGGACUGGAACAAUCCGCUCAGUGGCGUUUUGGCCACAGAGGCAAUCGGUCGGUCGAAAUGAGCAGAUAAAACUCGAUCAGCGCAAAAGAUUUGGGCUAUAGAUAAACACCGAAAAUACGGGGACACAAACAAAGGCGAGAAAACAAAUGUUUGACUAAUCGUAAUUAGAUAAUUAUACCACAAUGGACGCAGUGCAGCAGCAAACAAACAGCGGUAGCAACAUCGAUAGCGCCAAAUGUCAGAAGCUAAAGAGAUUCGUGAUCAUAGGCCUGCUGAUCACCAUUGGCAUCUUGAGUUGGCACUUCUACGAGUACUUUCACAGCAAACCGCUGCCCAAAACGCCCGAUGACGUCUUGACCCUCUCCAAGAACCUCUAUGCGGAGGAGACCGAGGUCAGUCCGUACCUGUACAAGGUGAAUCUCCAGGGGAAGACCACGCCGGGUGCUCAUGACGAUCGAGCCCCCAGGAGUCUCUUUGAACUGCACCAGGAUUUGUUGACCAAAGAUGCCAACUCCACCACUGCCCUUCUUAUGCGGCUCUUUGAUAAUUAUGAGUUGGAUGUGGCUGUGGCGGAGCACCCAACUCCUGAGCACAUUGAGGAACAGCACAAUUUCCUCAGGACCGUGAUGAACACUCGGGUCAUGAAGCUGACCAUGAGGUAUCUGGUCAAAAAGGACAUUGUAAGCACCGAAUAUGAUGAUCAAUUGCGUUUGCUGCAGGAACUUUGGUUCACUCCGUACUCCCGAGGUCGUGGCAUCGUGGGCAGCUCCAGUUUCGAGCACGUCUUUAUGGCGGAGAUACGGGACCAAAAGGUCCUGGGAUUGCACAACUGGCUGUAUUUUGCAGACCAAGAGCAACGCGGCAAUGUGGACUACAAGGGAUGGCUGAGCCACAUGGAAACGGGAAAGAACAACCAAAUGGUGCUGAGUGUUCGCUACACGUUCCAGAAUCUGAACAAGCCAGUCACUGGAUUUUUUGUGGGCACUUCUCCCGAGUUGGAGUUGUCCCUCUAUACGGCCUGCUUUUUGACCACCUCGGAGAAGGUGCCCUGCCACAUCCAGCUGGGGCAUGCCUCCGUUCCGAUUGUCUCUCAUGGAUGGAACUGGAAUGGUAUGCGCCUGAUAGCCUCCGCCUAUCCCGACAGCUCCUAGAUCAUCGUCCCCCUACCAUCACCCAUUUCGGAAACUCAAUAAAAUGAGUUACUGCUACCUCAUCGAAGACGGCAAAAGGCUAACCUCCAAACUCAAAGUCAAGUUCAUUUUGUUUUGCCACUUUAUGAGUGCUUCUUGGCCCUGAUGUCUCUAGCAAUUGACGAGGAUGUCAGUCAGGACACGAAGUUUGUCCGUCUGCCCAUCAUUUCGGUUGUUUUGACAGCAUUGCGUGGCCCAAAGCACUUGGCCUUACAUCAUGAAGUUGUUUAUUAGUUCUAACAUUAAUAGUUAUUACCGGCGGAAGUCAAGCAAGUCAAUUGCUAUUAUGAGAGAUUGUGACGUUUAAGUAUUAUGCAGUCAUUAAACCUGCUUCACAAUGGAUUCACUCUCUCAAGCUUUGUGUAAACUGGAUUGUCAUCCCUCGUCUUUCAUACAAAACAAUAUAGGUUUUAUACAUUUUUUGAGAUCUAAAAAAAAUACUAAAUUGUAGCCCCUUUAAUUAGCUACAAGUUAAAUAGAACAUGUAAAUCCUUGUAAA